AUGUUAGCAACAACAGCACCAAACUCGUUAGUCAUGAACCCAACUUCAAUGUUAGUAGAGAUGAAAAGCUUCAUUCCUUCUUCAUAUACUUUCGAAACAGAAAUCCAGAAGAUAAAGCAAGAACUUUUAACAAGUACUUUGGACUGUUGUGCGAAAGAUGAAACAAAUGAACAGUAUCUUUAUGACAUGCAGGACCUCAUCGACCAUUUACCCAAAUUGCCUGAAAUCCAGCAACAAAAGCUUACUAUUCCAGAAUUCGAUGAAAUAGAAGUCAAAGCAACUGACUCAGUAGAAAUAAAGAAGUUCAUACGAAAGGUUAACUAUGAGUUUCUUGGAUUUCAUUGCAACCACAAAGUCAUGGACAAAGAUUGCGAUAUGGUAUAUAAGAACAUCUCUGACAUAUACAAAUCUGGGGAGUUUAAGACCUACGACAACUUUGUUUCGUUAGUUGCUGAAUGUGUAUGGCAGAUAAGAGAUAAAGAUAGAAGAGGUAAGAUAUGGAAUGAACAGAUAAAACCCGCAACUUUUGAGUUAAAGAGAGCAAUUGACGCCUUAGUCAUACUAGCAG